CCUAGUGGGCGUUAGGUUGGAGUGGAGAUAGUGACUUUUUUCUAUUACAGUAUCCUGGAAGUAAGACUCAAGGUUAGUAUCGAACCGAGCGAGGAACGAGAAGUAAUAUAUAUGCAGCUACACCAUGGGUUUAAACACCCAUUACAAUCCCGAUCAUUAGCCCCUAAUUGAGGUAUCGGAAUAUCGGCACGAGCGCAUAUUGUCUAUAUCAGUUAUCAGUUCAACACCAUGUCCGAUCCAGCGCUAGCUGCGAUCUUAGAGGCAUCCGCCAAUGUCGACAACACUUAUCCUGAUUUUGAGAUUCUAGAAUCAUACUACACCUCCGGCAAUGGUAGAGAUGAGAUCCGACUGCAUGUCCUUAUGCCUAAGUCUCUUUUGGAUGGCCACCAGCAGCAAGUAAUACCGCUCAUGGUCCGGAUACAUGGUGGUUAUCUGAUAACUGGAUCAGGUCUUUACCGUGCCUGGUUCAGCGACUGGACUUUGGAAUAUGCAAAGCAAGCUGGCGCAGUCAUUGUAUCCCCCAACUAUCGCCUCAUGCCUGAGUCCAAUGGCACCGAGAUCCUCGAAGAUAUGGACUCAUUUUGGCGCUGGCUGCGCCAGGGUGGAGUUGAUACCCUCUUGGCGAAAAAUGGGUUCGAGUGUCUGCAAAUAGAUCAUGAUCAGACUUUAGUCUUAGGAGAGAGUGCUGGUGGCUACCUUGCCAUGCAACUGGCACUAAGUUAUCCCGAUGACAUUCAAGCCUUGAUUGCGGUAUAUCCUCUUCUUGAUCUUCAGUCUGAGUUUUAUACAAGAGCCUAUUCGAAACCAAUAAGCGGUGUACAGAACCGACCGCUCAGUGUGAUUGAGGACCACUUGGACAGCAUCCGGUCGACCCCUCGAGACCGGCUUCGACCUGUCACGGAGGCAGACCCUCCAGACCGCCUGGAAUUAUCUUUUGCGGUUGUCCAACACGGACGGUUCCUAGAAUUUCUAGGCCAAGAUAACCCGAGACUUUUUCCCAUAAAACGCAUAACGGACGAUAUCGACGCUGACGCAGCGGGAAAGGGUGAGAGGCUACCACCGAUGUUCAUUUUUCACGGCAAAGAUGAUUCUGCUGUACCCUAUCAAGGUACUAUUCGCUUUAUCGAGACGCUUACCAAGACUCGUCCAUUGGCAAAAUACCGCUUAGAAAGUCUGCCUGGUGACCAUGGGUUUGACAUCGGUACAUCGAUCGGAAGUUGGCGCUGGUUGCAGGACGGAUUGCAGUUUAUCGCCCUGGCCUGGCUGAAGAAAAUGCGUAUGCGUCAAGGGUUGGUUGAACCACAGACAAAAAUUUAA